AUGGCCGCAUACCCAUCCGACGACGAGUUGGCUCAGCUGCAGAAGCUCUCGAGCGACUUCGAGCCAGAGGUAACGGGCCCACUGGUUGGCCAACGCCAAAGCAGCGCUGCCAUCACGACACAAUAUGCCACCGCAGAUCCCGUCUUCCAAGUCAAGACGGCUGCACUGCCUGCCAAAUACGCCUACUUCCGCACCUGUCGCGGCGACGGUCAUUGUGGAUGGCGGGCAAUCGCCUUCACCUACUUUGAGGCCCUAGUGCGUCUGGCCGACGUGAACAAGUUUGCCGAGGAAGAAGCCCGCCUCAACUCGCUGGGCAACCUGCUCGAGCACAUUGGCUACUCGCGCGACAUCUGGAUUGAUUUUGCCGAGGAGGCCUUUGAGCUCUUGCACAAGCUUGCCAACUCGCUACGCAACAUGGAUGGCCAAACUGCCGACAUCCUCCUCAACACCUUCAACAGCAUGGGCGAGUCCAUGGCAAUCAUCACUUACGUCAAGCUCCUCGCAAGUGCCUGGAUACAGACUCACGCAGACAACUUCAGGCAUUUCAUCGACAGUGGCGACGUCAAGGGCUACUGUGCUAACUUCAUUGAACCUACACAAUGCGAAGCCGACAACAUCGGCGUCGCUGCCCUUGCCGAAGCGCUUGUCAAGCCUGCUGGCUUCGGUCUUGAGGUAUGGUAUCUGGACCGCUCACCAGGGGAAGAGAUCAAUCGCAGCUUCUAUCUGGAGCCAACCGAUGCACAUCAUCGACCCAUUGUCGGCGCCCCUAUGCUAAGACUGCUCUACAGACCCGGCCACUACGAUAUCCUUUACAAGGCGGAAGAUGUCCCCCAGGUUCAACACCAGCCCGUCCCGCCACAGCAGCCGCUGCACGUUGCUCUAGCCAACUACACCGACGACUUCCUACCGACUGCAACCAAUGUUGGUGAUGUCAUGAACAUGAUCCCAGGAAUGUAUCCCUCUGGUGUCGGUCUGGGUCAGCGGUGGCCUUCGCUUUCGCUUUCGUACGACUUUAGCCCAACCCCCGCUUCCCUCCCCCAGGUUACUCCUGUCCAGCCAUAUGCCCCAGCGCCAACGCCUGUAACACCAGUUAGCGCCUCUCAUAUGGACUUUGUUACAUCUAUCCACUCUGUCAGCACGAGCCAGUACAACCCGCCAAGUCAUCACAGCAUCCACCUCGAACAACCUCCUGUGUCACUUCCUAUACACCCCCCACCACCCGUGAGCAUCGAAAGGGCAGCUCCCGUAGGUGUUGAGAGGGGUGGUCCUUUCCGGCCUUCAAUGUACGAGCUGGAGCCAGGCUUCGGAUCGUCAAUGCAGGUCCAACAGUUCCAGACGGCUAUAUUCCGCAAUUCACAUUUCAAUACCGCACACUUUAUGAAUCCGGAUUUCUCGCCUGAGCAAUGGAAUCCGGACGGCGAGUACGCUACGGGAAAUAAAGGUCGGCACAAGUCGCACUCUUCCUGA